UUUUAUAUCUCUCACAUCACUGAGCUAGCUAAAGCGUUAGGUGAAGACUUGUAGCACACGUUUCCGAUGCACAUCUGUUGCCAUAAUGUUGCAAAGCCACCAGGAGCUGCCUCUUGCUGUGUGCAGCGUUAGCCUGCUAGCAUGUUAGCCCGUUAGCUAGCGCCGCUAACAACUUUUCAUUCAUUACAGCCUCUGGACUCCUCUUUGUUGCUAGCAAACGAGUAGCGUUCUUCACAGCAUUAGCUGGCUGGGCAGAUGUCUACUUGACUCACAGUCCAGCACCUCCAGUAAAUGUGAACCACUCGGCUGAAGUGUCAAAAGAAUUGGUGCUGCAACUGAGCUUCCCUUGCUUUUUUCUCCAUUGUGUGAAAUCAUGGUACUGGUGGCGUUAGCGAUGGCUGUGUGAGAAGAAAGCUCCCGUGGUCCUCUUGCUGCACCGCACACUUCCUCAUGGAUUCCAGCAAUGAUGAGGCACUUGAUAUCAUUAUCACCAAUGUGGUGGCAACCUUCAGGACCAGGUGUCAUCUUAACCUGCGCACUAUUGCCUUAGAGGGAAUCAAUGUGAUCUACAAACCAGAAGUAGGGAAAGUCUUAAUGAAACUCCGUAAACCUACGAUAACGGCCUCAAUCUGGUCCUCAGGGAAGAUCAUCUGCACUGGAGCAACAAGCGAGGAUGAGGCAAAGCUGGGUGCUCGCAGGUUAGCGCGCUGUCUUCAGAAGCUAGGCUUCAAGGUGAGAUUUUCAGCUUUCAGAGUUGUCAAUGUGCUGGCAGUGUGCUCCAUGCCGUUUUCGGUCCACCUUAUAGACUUCACCAAGAACAACAGACCCAUUGCCAGUUAUGAGCCCGAGCUCCAUCCUGCUGCUACGUACAGGAUUAAAAACCUAAAAGCUACUAUACAAGUGUUUUCUACUGGCAGCAUCACAGUCACAGGACCAAAUGUGCAGAAUGUGGCGACAGCAGUGGAGCAGGUCUACCCACUACUGUUUGAGUGUAAGAAACCCCUGCACCGAAAACCAUGAGAGAGGACAAGAGGGCCGAUGAGGAAGCACCUUAUCCUUGGAUUUGCUCGUUUAUGUCGCGACAUGGUGACAAAAAACGUCUCACACAAUUAACGGACUGAACAUCCUGACAUCGUGUUGCAGUUUCCUUUUCACAGAAUUUUAAUGUUGUCGUGGAGUUGUUGGGAUCUUGUGAUUUUAACAGCCUAAACCUGCAAAUGUCUUCCACACUUGCUGUAAUCCUUCAGACGAACCGAAACGGCUCCUCCAUCAGACGGCGUCUCUUUUUAUUUGCUCUGGGCGUUUUUUUUGCAUGGACACACAAAAUACCAGCUUUCAACAAUGUAACUAUUUUAAUGUUUAACAUUAAUUACAAAAGAGUCUGUUUGUUGAGACUGAGUUGCCUCUAACCUCCAACUAUAUAAUCAACAAUUCGUCCAAUGUUCCACCUUGGAAAAAUCUCCGUCCUCGGCUCACGACGAAACAUCCUCUCGGUUUUUACCAUGGCAGGCUGAGCCGCUGAGUCAGACUAGUAGACUGUUACACAAAGUGUUUGGUUUUCCUGUUUUUUUUGGUUAUACGUUUGUGGCAUUAAUUUCAGAACACACGCAUCUUCAUUCCUUGUCCUUUCCUAACUUUGAAGUCUUUUCCAUGUGUUAAAGUUGGAAAUGUUCUUAUGCUUCAGCAAAAUGUGCAAAUAUGAUCGUUGUCCUAUAUGUUUUGGAACUUCGCUCCACUUUUCAAAUUAGCUCCCAUUCAAAAUGUGUUUUCUUUUUAAAGGGUAUUCAAACAGUAAUCGGCUGUAUAAGCAGCGAACAGAGACGGUAGGCACUUGAUGCGGAACAGUAAACGACUCAUCAUUUCAAAACCAUCACCACCACUCUAUGAAGUCAAAUCAUGCGGCGGCAGUAAAACUUAUUUUGAUGUGCCCGUGAACAUGCCCGUGUCGAGAGGCCUUGACCUGAGGAUUAGGAUAUCGUCUGAAAAACAAAUCUGCUUUUUAGUUGAAGUGAUUUUUACGGUAGCGUAGCUGCUGACAGAUCUGUUGGGCUCUGCAUACAUAGAGCGAACAUAUGUGUGUGUGUGUACAUUAUAAAUGCAUCUGAUAGGAAAUAUGUCGACAGAAACUUUGAUAUGUUGUCUUAUGUGCGUGGGAUGGAUUACUUUUUGGAGUAGUGUCAGCAGAAGAUUUGUGACACUUGAAUUUUUGUAUUUCGUAAAAAAUAAAGUUCUGUUUAAACAGA